UAAGAACAUAUGUAGUUACAAAUUAUUACAAACUCAUAACACACAAAAAAGGGAUUUUUAGCCAAAAUUCUAUACUCAUACACAUCUACACCACACGCACACACAAGAUGAAAUUGUUGGUUUUCUUUUUGUUUUAUACUAUUCUUCCUGGGAUCGAGGUACAGGAGGUACAGGAGGCACAAGACAACAAUAAUCAAACUAUUCGAAAGUUGAUAAGAAAAAAAAGAAUCUUAGGAGGAGAAGACGUGAAUCCUGGUACGGCGAUUUUCAUGGCCAGUUUGCAAAGAAGAUCGGAUCGAGCACAUGUGUGCGCUGGGAGCCUCAUCACGUUAAGACACUUGAUCACCACGUGCAGCUGCGUGUCGCAUUCUUACGACAGCUCGUCAGGAUUGACGACGGCCCUUCCGGAAGGUCAUAUCGUCAUCGCCGGUUCGGCAAACAAUUGGCAACUGGAAGAGGCACACACGAGGAACGUUUCUCGAUUCGAGGCCGACUAUAGGUGUCGGUAUAAUAUCAUUGCCGGCAUGUGGGAAUACAACAUAGGUUACAUCACCGUCUCGCACGCUUACGAAUUUAUGGACGAAAAGCUUGGACUGAUUAAAAAUUUGCACCACACGCAGUACGAGUUUGACAAGGAUUUUGCCGCUUUGAUGGCCGAGAAGGAAUUACAGGAAGGUGGCAAAGAAUACUGUCAUGUUUACGGCUGGGGCGCUAGUACUAAGACGAAAAACGAAGAAGGAACCUUCGACGUAGGGGGUUUUACGGCUCAGCUGAAACUCAAGGCUGUGCAACACAUAAAUCAAAUCAGUUGUAAAGCCCGGAUAUGUGGUAUAGGUAAUGGCGCUUGCACUUACGAAUUGGAGCCGAAUAAAUGUUUUUGCAUGGUUAGUGCUGGAAUGAGAGACGGACCCUUGUGUGACGCCGACAACGGCACCCCUUUAAUGUGCAAAGACAGACUCUGGGGAGUCGGAGAAAUGCUUUUCGAAUGCGGCUUAGUAAAAGCUAGCUUAUUUUUUAAACUCGAUAUCGACAGUAUAAACCAUUACAUUUUUUCAAGUGCCACCUUCCCCAAAAUCGAUUAUCUCUUGAUUUUCAUUCUGGCAGCUUUUAUUACUUUACAAUAAUUUCGAAACGCAGAAAAAAAUAAAAUCACGGAAAAACUUGAAAAUAUUAAUUUAUUGUUCUUCCCUUUUUCUAUCAUCAUUGCCGAUUUUAUACUAAGAAGACAAUUUUAGAAUUACUGCAUAGAAGUUAUCGAGCUUGAUUCCAGUCAAACAUGUCUGGAGCUCGUAAGAGGGUUCAACAAAAUGAAACCAUUCGGUCUAGCUUACAUCCAUUUUGGAAAAAGUUAAAGCUGGUCAAAUGGCUUCCUCAUAUAUUGGCCGUUCUUAAAAAGCUUCAGCGUUUAAACAUUUGCCUUUAACUGUUUUCAUCGCACUUCAAGUAGAGACGUAUUGACCGGAUUGCCACAUGCGACGAAAAAUGGAUCAUGCACAGUAACACCAGAAGGACAUACCUUUAGAUGUCACCAAAUGACUGUCACUUGGACGCAAAAAAUCAAAAAUUCACCAACAAAAGGAGAUGCUCUGUUUUGGGAGUAGUUUUUUGUACUUGUUGAACCACUUCUGCUAUAAUGUAGAGGGCCUUCACCGGGGAGGGAAUGUGCCAACUUCACCCUCUCCUAAUAGACUAAAAUCACCACUACAGAUAUUUGUUGUCAAA